AUGUCGGCUACUUCGAGUCCGGUGGAAUCGAAGCUUCCAACCCGGUCCAAUACCCUGCGGACUGUGAGCACGGGCACUUACCGCCGUGCUUCUAUGAGUGACGAUGAGGCGAUUCCUGGUUCUGAUAGCAAUGAGACUACCAACCUCCUCGUCGAGCGUCUUCGUGCCUGGAAGCACAUGUGCGGAUACUUGGAAGAUUACGUCUCUGUGACGGCCCGGGUGCAGAAGGGAAUGUCAAAGGAUUAUGAGAAAGUUUUAAAGACGGUCAACGAGCCACUGAAAGAGGGGCACCAUUUCUCGCAGAGUGCGGGCGGCGUCUCUUCGUUCUUUGAGAAUAUGCGUGCAAACACUCAGGGAAUGAUUAACCUGUACGCUGAUGGAGAGAAGAACCUUAAGAGCUCUGUGCUUCCGACGCUGGAGAGACUCCACAAGGAGAUCAAGGCCAAGUCGAAGGAGCUGCAGACUGGUGCCUCCAAGGGCGCGAAGGCUGUUGAGAAGGCUCGAAGUAUUACCCAGAAGCAUAUUGAUCUUCUUGGCCAGCAGACGGCUGCGCUGGAUUCGGCUUCCGGGAACAAGUUGGAGACAUCUCACGACCCCUAUCUUGUUCGUCGCGGUGUAAAUCACCGUCUGAACAAGCAGGUCAUCGAAGAGAACAACAACCGACAGGAAAUCAUUGCGGUGCAGAACAACUUCCAGCAAUUCGAAGCCCAUGUGCUGCAGACCGUCCAGGCUGCCAUGGAGCAGCUUGUCGUCUUCAUCACUGGCCAGACUGACCGCCACAAGGGAAUGUACAGUGACAUCUUGGGCAAUCUUCAGAGAAUCCCACCGGAGUUCGAGUGGGUGAACUUCAUUACCCGGAACGACGCGACCCUUGUCGACCCGGAUGCUCCGCCGAGAUCCCUCGCCAACAUCACCUUCCCUCACCAGGACCACCCCACUACGGAACCGGUUAUCCAGGGUACACUGCAACGGAAAUCCCGCAUGGCUCUCAAGGGAUUCACCAGCUUCUACUACGUCGUAACCCACGCCCGAUACUUGCACGAAUUCAAGGACAACGAUGACUUCAGCAAGGACCCUGAACCCGAGAUCUCCCUCUACCUCCCCGACUGUACCGUCGUCUCGAUCGACGAAGUCAAGAACACCUUUACCAUCAAGGGCAAGGACGUCUCCGGAAAUGUCGUCGGUAACGCCUUCAAGACAAAUACCGAGUUUGUCUUCAAGGCCAACUCCUCAAGUGACGCAAAGGAAUGGAUCAACGUCAUCAAGGAGACCGCUCACUCCCCCAUCGCUACAACCACCGCUGCUGCUGCUGCCACUGCGUCCCCCGUUACAUCCCCAACUAGUCCCGGCGCAGCAUCCCCGGGCUCUGCUACUCAACCCCCGGCAUACGAAAACGGAUCCGCCGCUGCGAGCCCCAUCUCCCCGCCGGCCGUCAGUCGUACUGACACCACUGCUACGACAGGCAGUGCUGCUGAAAAGGUUCCUUCUCCUGUUACAGAGAAGACGGAGAAGGGCGCGGAGAAGACCGCGGAGAAGACCGCGGAGGGACCCUCAGAGAAGUCCUGA